CUACUUCCGGGACUCCCAGCAGAUUAUAAAUCUAUGAUCAAUCCCCGGUUUUCCUCUAGCCGGUGACCAUCAUCCAUCACUCCCGGUCAGCAAGUGAUCAUGUCCGGAAUCCCGGAGAGCCGCAGCGGAGCGGAGCGUGUCGGAUACAUCACCCGGAUCCAGAGCUUCAGCGCCUGUCACAGACUCCACAGCAUCCACUUGAGUGAUGAAGAGAACAAAAGAGUUUAUGGAAAAUGCAACAAUCCCAACGGUCAUGGACACAACUACACAGUGGAGGUGACAGUGCGUGGAAAGGCUGAUGAAAAUGUGUUUAGGCUCAGUGUCUGAUAUAGAAUCAAGGAGUAAAUUCAGGCACUAUGGAGGACCAGAAUGUAUGCACGUCAUCAUUUUUUGGCUUAUAUCUACAUUUAUUUAUCCGUUUCCUGUAACCACUGAUCCUGGAGGGUUCUGCAGGAGGAGACAGACAACCAUUCACACCUACAGCCAAUUUAGAGUCACCAGUUUACCUGCAUUUGUUUGGACUGUCGGAAAACCUG